AUGUUGUUGAAGAUGAACUUCACCCAGCAGAGGCGGGUGCGUCUGGCACAGGGCCUCUGGCUGCUGUCAUGGCUGGCAGUGAUGUGCGGGGCCUUCAUCUUCUGUCUGGGGGUUUUCCUUAAGACAGAGCUGAUACGCAGGGAUGAGGUAAUGGAGAACACGGAGAUCCACGUGGUGCCCAACAUCCUCAUGAUGGUGGGCCUUGCCUCCAUCGGCACCAACUGGCUCGCCAGUCGCAUCUGUCAGGACUCCUUGGAUGCGAGCCGCUUCCCCCGCUGGAAGGUUCUCCUGCUGGCUUGGUUUGUCGUGGCGGCACUGCUCUGUUAUAUGCUCAUCGGCGUUGUGGUGCUCAGCUACGCCCUGCAGGGAAGCCUGGAGGAGUCCCUGAAGGUUGGCCUCAGGAAUGGUAUUCGUUUCUACAAGGACACGGACGUGCCAGGCCGCUGUUUCCAGAAAGAGACCAUUGAUCGUCUGCAGAUGGAGUUUCGCUGCUGUGGAAACAACAAUUUCAAGGACUGGUUCGAGGUUCAAUGGGUCAGCAACAGAUACCUGGACUUCACUUCCAAGGAUGUCAAGGAUCGCAUCCGGAGUAAUGUGGACAGCCGUUACCUGCUGGAUGGCGUUCCCUUCAGCUGCUGUAACCCGGCGUCCCCUCGUCCCUGCAUGCGGUACCAACUGACUGACAACAGCGCCCACUACAGAUACCAGUACCAAGAAGAGGAGCUCAAUCUGCACAGCCGCGGCUGUAGACAAGCUCUGAUUGACUACUACAUGGGCUUAUUGAAUUCAACUGGUCCUGGGGUGAUUUCCGUCAUCUUAAUACAGAUGUCAGUGCUGCUGAGCCUGCGGUACCUGCAGACGGCUGUGGAAGGGGCCAUGGCUCUGGAGGACCCAGAGGGCGACAGCGAGGGUUACCUCCUGGAGAAAGGAGUGAAAGAAACCAUUGAGGACGUCAAAGCCACUGUCCUCAGCUUGCUUAAGUUUGGUCAGGUUGACCCCAGCGCCGCCGAAGAGUCCCCUGGGGCUGCAGAUGUCGAUAAAGCAGCUGAUACUCCUGCCAGCUAG